AUGGCCGACGACAUGUGGAAGACACCUGCGAAUCGUUCCAUGCGGGUGCUUGACCGGUCACUUUUCAGAAAAGAUGUCAAUCUGAAAGCUGCUCGAAUCUUUGAGAACAAAGACAUUUCAAGAUGUGCGAAAGCACUCGAAAAGAGCAAAGACUCACUUCAUCUGACAAGAUUCAUGCCUGUCCGACCAGACCCGGACCCAGAGCUUGUCAAACUUGGACGGAGAUGUAUUAUUCUACGACCAGAAUUCAAAGAGGAGGUUUCAGAGCCGUCCAGUCCCGACACCGGGUCUCACUCAAGAACGCCGUGGCCAUACUCGGCAACUCUCAACGAGCUCGUCGAGCAAAAGGUCAUCUCCAUCAUCCCCUUUCAACUACAAAUCGAAUACAAAGACUGGACCUAUCAUGAAAUCAUCUCCGCCAUCCUUCCCGAGGAUGACCAAGACGAAAUUCCCUGCGGCUUCUCCCAAGUCGGGCACGUCGCGCACCUCAAUCUGCGCGAGAAAUACCUCAAAUACAAAACCCUCAUCGCACAAGUGCUCAUGGACAAGAACGCAUCCGUGCGUACGGUGAUCAACAAGAUCGACGACGUCGGCGAGGAGAGCGAAUUCCGGACCUUCAAAUACGAAGUCCUCGCGGGGCCCGACGACAUGAAAGUCUGCGUAUCCGAGGAGAACUGCAUCUUCGAAUUCGACUACAGCAAAGUCUACUGGAACACCCGCCUCAACACCGAGCAUCGCCGUCUGGUCGCGACCUUCAACGAGGGCGACGCCGUCUGCGAUGUCAUGGCCGGGAUAGGUCCGUUCGCGGUUCCCGCGGGGAAGAGGCGCGUAUUCGUACACGCGAACGAUCUCAACCCGGACAGUCACGCGAGCAUGGCGGAAGCCGUCGCACGGAACAAAGUUGGAGAAUUUGUAUUCCCGCACUGCGAAGACGGCAAGAAAUUCAUCCCGAAUUCCAUCGUGCGACUGAUCCAACAGCCAACUUACCAGGUCGUCCUGUCCGAGAAGACGAAGAAAGCUUCCCGAAGAGAUACCAAAAAGGAUAAUGAUAAUAACAACAAGGACGCCAGAAAGAGAUCCCCUACUCCACCACGAUCACCACCAACGAAGAUCCUCGUCCAACCCCGUCUCUUCGCGCAUUUCGUAAUGAACCUGCCCGCCAGCGCAAUAACUUUCCUCCCUUCCUUCAUCGGCAGCUACAACGUCCCGGAGAUCCACUCGCUGCGGAGCACACAGCCCGAGGAAUUCCACCUCCCGCAGAUCCACGUAUACUGCUUCAGCACGAAAAGCGAAGACAACAUCGCCGAGGGAUUCAAAAUAUGCGAGGAAAUCUCACGCCAGCUGCAGUUUGAAGUGAAGCCUGGAAAGAUCUCUGAGGGCGGAGUGGAGAUCUAUGAUGUGAGGGAUGUGGCGCCGAACAAGAGGAUGUUUUGCGCGAGUUUUCGAUUGCCGGAAGCAGUUGCGUUUCGGGAGCAGAAGUCAGAGUAG